UGUGACCUUCGUAUGAUCCAUCAAAGUUUGAAAUGCAAACCAUACUUGUAUUGUACUCAUUUCGAUUUUCCACCGGAACAAUAUCGAUUUAGUCAUCCUUUCGCAACAACUGUACAACACAGUUGAAAUGCGCUGUGACAGUAAUGGAGUAAAGAACACAUCAUUUUGGAUAUAACGAAGAGAGCUAACAUGGCAGGGCGGCACGUUUUAGUAUUGUCUGUCACAAUCUUACUAACUUGCUUGUUAAGUCUUCGAGCACAAGAUGAUCAAGACUUCAGCAAUGACGACUGUGUGAUCGCAGAACCUAGAACGGAAGAAGGUAACUAUAUGCGAUGUGACACUGAGGAAUCCAUAGCUGCAGGAACGCCGAGAUGCUGCAAAAAGGACAACACUGUGGGAUGCUGCGAAGAAACCCAAGCAUUUGGUCGCAUGGCCCAGAUUGGCACCGGAAUUGCUUGUGGCACCGUCUUUCUCAUGACUGUCACUUUUAUCAUCUUCUGGUGUAACGAGGAUACCUUCCCUUGCCUGAAAAAAUGCAAGAAACGGUGUACAUGUUGCCAGAAAUGCAAAGAGAGACGUGAAGAACAAAAGAGAAAGAAAGAGGAAAAGAUAAAGCGCAAGCAGAAGCAGGAAGAGGCCAAGAAAGAAGUGUUUGCUUUUCGGCAAGAGGUUCAAGACGAUUUCUGGGGGAUAGCUUAGAGUUUACUCUCUUUUUUUCGUGUUGCCUUUUGCCUGUCAGUAAAAGUAUGUAGGCCUAACUUUCUGGAUAACGAAGACGGAGUCUACCUCUCGUUUUACUCAUAACAGUGGUGAUAUGCGGAUCAGCAUCAAAACACAGCAUCAAAUGUGUGAAUAAUUUCAUAAUAUUAUUAUUAAAAUACAUGCCUUCUUUUAAAUUUUCUCUUAAACCAUGACCUUAAAGUAGCUGGCCUACAUGAUCAUGACUGGAUUUUUUUUAGUUUAGAAGUUCCCAGAUGAGACUUGAAACAAAAGGCUUUUAACCUGAAGAAAAUUUAUCAAUAUACAUGUACUUGGUAUUUCCAGUUUAAUCUAUGCAUCGGACUUUCAAAAGUAAUGUUUGGGUGUAUUAAGGGAAAAUGUCCAUCUGUAUUCCUUGUAUUUCACUUUUGUCACGUAAAUAUUAUGUUAUGUGUAUGUAUAUGGCAAAAUUUAUCUGCCGAGCCAGUAUUCUCGAAUGUAAUUUGAAUGUCAAAGAUUAAACAACCGUCCAAUAGGCAAUAUUUGUUGACAAAGCUUGGUAAAUCUCUUCGUCCCUGUGCCUUAAAUUUAUUCGUAUGAAAUGCAAAAUGCACACUUAAUACCUUAAAGUAGCAUUUGCUUGGAAAAAUUUUCUUGCCUUACCGGCGGAUACAGGAUUUUGAUUAGUUAAAAUGCUGUUCAAACAAGUCACUUAAAUUCGUUUGCCUUAUCUGUUUUUGAAAACCAAGAAAUCUAAUGGGGAGCAUGUGAAACAUUGCAAAAUAAUUAUAGGUUUCGUUGUCAUUUACUCUCGAGUAAUUUAGUUUACGAAAACAACUCGAAGUCUGAAAUUAGACAAGGAGGUACAUGUAGAACGCAGGUAAUUAACUAUACUUUCAUUUGUUCUUUGUGGUUGUCUAUUCAUUAAAUUAUAAGUUAUUGCUUAUUCUUUGUUUUGAUUGUUUUACUCAUGUAAAUGAACCGUCUAAAUUUUAUGAUGUAGACAGAGAAAAUAUUUUGGAUAUUAAAAGUGAUCUUUAUC